UUGUAUCUUCCUCGGAUUCUUUCUUUCUUUCUUCCUCGGAUUUAAAGGGUUACUUUAUGGGGGACAUCUCCCUUUCCGGACAUGUUAAGGAAGGAAUUACCUCUACCGGAGGGCUGGGAAGAAGCCAGAGAUGUUGAUGGCAAAGUAUAUUACAUUAAUCACAGCACUAAAACCACCAGCUGGAUAGACCCCAGGGACAGAUAUACAAAACCAUUAACCUUUGCUGACUGUAUUGGGGAUGAGUUCCCACUUGGAUGGGAAGAGGCCUAUGAUGCUCAAGUUGGGGUAUACUACGUUGACCAUAACAAUCAAACCACACAGAUAGAAGAUCCUCGAGUGCAAUGGAGAAGACAACAGGAGCACAUGUUAAAGGACUAUCUGGUGCUUGCUCAGGAAGCUCUAGAUGCUCAAAAAGAGAUUUACCAAGUCAAACAGCAAAGGCUUGAACUCGCCCAGCAAGAAUACAGGCAGCUGCACGAUUUUUGGAAACAUAAGCUUGGAUCUCAACCAAGUUUGGCUUCAAGUUCCUCUUCUAAUUCUAAAUAUGAUCCUGAAAUUCUGAAAGCUGAAAUUACUACUGCAAAGUCCAGGGUAAACAAACUGAAGAGAGAAGUAGUCUAUAUGCAGCAAGAACUACAAUACAAGGAAAAUGGCUAUCAAACACUUCGUCAGAUUGACCUGAAAAUGUCAGGAAACCAUGGUGGUUUUAAACUUGAUGAAGCUCAAGCUAUUUUGAAUGAAAUGAAAGCUAUCAAAAAAGCGAUCAGCUCAGGAGAAAGAGAGAAACAGGAGCUAAUACAGAGUCUUGCCAAGUUGAAAAAUUGUUUUGUCAUUGAAAAAGGAUCUCAGUCAGACCUCUGGACCAGUGAGACUUCUUUGGCUAGCUCCUGUCUAUCUUUGUGCCGAAAUGUUAGUUCCCAGACUGACAUUUCAGGAAAUCUCACUUUGGGAAGUAAUAACCAGUUGGCUGAGAAGGUCAGAUUACGGCUUCAAUAUGAAGAGGCAAAGAGAAGGAUAUACAAUAUAAAAAUACAGCUGUCAAAACUGGACAGUGAAGCUUGGCCUGGUGUUCUUGAUUCUGAGCGUGAUCGACUGAUCUUAAUAAAUGAGAAAGAGGAGCUCUUAAAAGAAAUGCGCUUUAUUAGUCCAAGAAAAUGGAGUCAGUCUGACGUGGAACGACUAAAGACUGAGAAGAAACAAUUAGAAGAAGAUUUGCAAGCUGCAAGAUAUACCCAAAGCAAAGCACUGACUGAAAGGUUAAAGAUGAGCAGUAAAAGGAAUAAUUUGGUUAGAGAACUGGAAGAGACAACCAGGUUAAUUGCAACGCUGCACAUGCAACUGAAAAGUCUCUCUACUAGCACUCAGUCACUUUCAUCUGGGAGCAGUCCUGGAUCUCUUGCUUCUAGUCGGGGAUCUCUGGUCACCUCUAGUCAGGACUCUUCAACAUCAGCAAGCUUUACGGAUCUGUACUGUGAACCUUUGGAUCAGUUAGAUACAGAAUACCAGAACAAAGUUGAAUUUAUGCUACAAGAAGGGACAUCAGGUUAUAGACCAUCUGACUCUAUCACCACCAUUCAUGAAAAUGAAGUGGUAAAAACUCAAAAGACAGAUUCAACAAACCGUGUCCAGGCCUUGAGGUCUUUGUCUGGUACUCCUAAAUCUGUGACAUCUCUAUCUCCUAGGUCUUCUUUUUCCUCUCCAUCUCCUCCUUCUUCGCCACUUGUAACAGGCUCUCUUUUCACUGGAGAUGAUUUCUUGAGCCAUAUGGACUUUAAAGAUUUUGAUUUAAGUAGACAAUUUUCAGAACUUGGUUUUGCUGCUGAGGCAGUAAAGAAGCAAGUAGAAGGAAGCUAUAAACAUGAAAUAGAAGGAAAACCUGUUGCACAAGGAGGUUUGGGUUACUUUCCAUUGUCUGGAUUGGAGGUUUCUGGUGUAUCAGCAGCAGUAUCAGAUGAAUCAGUAGCUGGAGACAGUGGUGUAUAUGAAGCAACAACGCAAAGGCAGGUGUUAGAACAUGUUGACUUUGAAAAUGAGGAUGCUGGAAAUUUGGGUACGGCGAGAGUCAAAAUUGGAAUGAAGUAUGAACAGAAAAAACAAGUGUUUGCUAUAUUUAUUAUUCAGCUAGAUAACUUACUUGCUUUAUUGCUACAACAGAACAAGACAUUAUAUGUCCGUGUUGCCAUUCUUCCCUGUUCUGAAAACACAAGCUGCUUGUUCCGUACAAGAACUGUGGAUGCAUCAGACAUUGUAGUGUUCAAUGAAAUGUUUUUGGCACCUGUAUCCCAUGCAGCGUUACAUAAGAAGACUUUACAAGUUGAUGUGUGCACACUAAAAAAACAUCGAGAAGAAUGUCUGGGUGGAGCACAAAUAAGCCUCGCUAAUGUUUGUAGAUCUGGUGAGAAAGAAGUAAAUUGCUACAACCUGUUGCGCUACCUAUACCCAAAGAAGCAAAAGCACAGCGAUAAGCAAGGAAUAAACCAUUCUGAAGAAAACACUGAAGGAAAUUCUGACUUGGUGUGUUCACUUUUAGUGCAUACUGCAUCUACAGUAGAUGUGGUAGGUGUUGAACCGCAGCAAGAAGACACUGGACAAGAUGAUGACAGGGAUGAUCAAUGGCUUGAAGUUGCACAGGAUGAAGAACCUUCUAUGGACAAUGAAGAAGAUAAUGAAUGUGAUGAGAAUGUACAGAGCGAUACAGAGGACCCUGAUAACCCUGAACAGCUGAGCAUGGAAUCUGCUGGCAAGAAGGUGGACAAGGAGACAAAUACUGAAGGGAUUCUUCAGUCAACUACUGUUGUGCGCCCAAAAGACAAAAAAGCGGCAAAUACAGUGCAAGCACAAUUCAUGAGAGGCAGUACCAUAAUCCGCUCCAAAACCUUUUCUCCCGGGCCUCAAAAUGAAUACAUUUGUCAUCUGAACCGAAGUGACAGUGAUAGCUCAACUCUUUCCAAGAAGCCACCUUUUGUCCGAAAUGCGAUGGAAAGACGUAGUAUGAGAGUUAAAAGGCCUUCCUUGAAGUGUUCUGGUAGAGACCGUGUAAUUCGUACAUCUCUGGAUCUGGAAUUAGAUCUGCAGGCUUCGAGGACGUGGCAUAAUCAACUUAUUGAAGAAAUUGCUGUACUAAGGGAACUGAAAGAACAGUUAGAGCAAGCCAAACGUCAAGGUGAAAAUGAGCUGCCUCAGCGGAUUAAGGAAGAUGACAGCUUGAAGCUUCUGUUCAGACAAGUGGAGAAACAGGUGCAAAGAAUAGAGCUGAAGUAUGAAGUGCAAGCCGAGAAGAUGAUGAGAGCAGCUGCUAAGGAUGUACGCCGCCUACGAGGACAAAGCUGUAAGGAGCCACUGGAAGUCCAAUCCUUCAGAGAGAAAAUGGCAUUUUUCACCCGGCCAAGAAUAAACAUUCCCACUCUUGCUGCAGAUGAUGUUUAAUGUUGACCAUAAAAGUAUUUUGUGUUACUGUUCUGAAUGCCACUACAGCAGAAAACACAGUUAGAUGUGUCUGAAGUAAUAUGUUGUGGCGUUAUGAAGGUACAGAGUUUGUUGAUAUGUGUUAAAUCUUCAAAGUUUUACGAGAAAACCAUUUCCUACACUAAUGAAAAAUAACAAGAAUUGACAGUUUAUUUUCUGUAUUUCUACGUUUGUACAGUUUGUAUAAUAAGAAUCAUAUUUUGUUGGAGGAGAAAAAAAAGCAUAUUUUACGAUCCACUGUGCUGUUCAAGAAAGAUGACUUUUGUAUAGAAGAAUGCUUGAGAGCUAAUAUUGCAAUAAAAGUAAUUUAAUUAAACCAAGUUUUACCCUACAACCUUAAUAAAUAAAAAAAUUGCCGUAGCCUAUACAUGGUACGUUCUACUGAUAUCACUUUUCUCAUGAAGCGUUUUAUACUACAUUUUAGGAGACCGUAGGACAAGAAUACAGGUUUUAUUACAUGUUAAGCUUUGGGCAUUAUUUGAGAUGCUGUAGUACUCUGGGGUUCUGGUGAAAAGAAAAAAAUGUUAAUCAAGUGACUUAUCACCAACUGACAAAAACACAUCCGCUUUAAGGUCAAAAUCAUCUUUUUUUUAAUAAAAAUCAUUU